AACAUCCUUGGAAAGUGUCUGACCCUCUCUCUCUCUUUCUCUCUCUCUUUCUCUCUCUCCCUCGCUGUGUUUUCUGUCGACCUGCGCCAGUAUUACUGCUGUAAGAAGAACGAGUCCGAGGAGGACGUGGGCUCGGUGGCGGGAGCGGAUCCUCUGUCUCACUUCCCCUGCAACGCCUGCAACGCCCUGGCCAUGGACGGGACCGACAUCACGCCCGUCUCCCUGGACCAGCUGGACUCGGGUUCGCACCACAGCCCCUGCCCCUCGUGUUCGCCGUACCCCGUCCCCUCUGGAUUCACAGACGACAUGCGUAACGGAGGGGAGCGGCUGGGCUUCUACUACGAAAACCCGUCAGCGUCUCUCCCUUUGCCCGUCAACCCCCCGACUUCGUCCCCUCUGAGCUACUACAACCCGUCGGACGCUUUCCCUCCCCCGCCGCGCCCCUACAGCACUGACGUCUGACUCUCUCCUCACUGGACUCUUCUUCACACACAUUCACACCAACACACUUAGCUUUUCUUGCACAAGCCAUUUAUAAGAACAACAACAACGAAAGUUAAUUUAUUAAAACACGGCACAGUUACACCUAGAUCAUUGCACAUUCCGACUUUAGUCACAGUUACCCACAGACUCAGCCCACUGACAGAGCUCCUGUGUGGGCAACAAAAUCAUGCAGCAGCUCACAAACGCUGCAGCAAGGAUUUCUUUUCCUCUCCAGUAAAUGGCAGACUGUUCUUCCACAGCUAUGGGGCUAAGUCACCAGUGACUCCAUCAGAGGCAAGACCACUGCACCAGUAAGGAAAAACGAGUCUCCAGACUACGAAAUCCAAGAAUUUGUAAAUUGCAACAUAGGGUAAAACAUAUAAAUGCAUCAUUUGUUUGAAGGUUUAUUAUUUUAGUAUGCUGCUGCUAGUCUGAAGGAGCUGAGGAGGCAGAAGUUUGGCUUGGAGGCUGCAGCCUCGAGGAGGAGCGGCAUGGAAAAGGUGGCGCUCGGCGAGAGCGUUCGCUCCGGCUCCUCUGAACGGUGGAGGUGAAAGGAUUUCUCAGACAUGCACCAAACAAUCAAAGCAACGCUCCAUGUUUAUUUUUGAUGAGGGAAUAACAUUAUAACAUGAUGUAAAGCUCAAACGAAGAAGCCAAUUUUACAUAACAGUCCCCUUUAAAGUAAAACAACACGGCUCGCCAAACCUCUGUCAGUCUAGAUUAAAGUCACUUUUUUGCUGCAUCCGGUAGAAAAUAUGCUACACGACCAGUGACCUCUGCAUCGUGCUGAAAAACAUGGGCUUCCCCUGCCGCUAGAGGUGUAUGUGCACAUCAUCGUCAUCGCGCCGAUUGCAGAAACCUUCUGUGCGGCAGCCAUCUUUGUGGUUUAGGAAUGACGUUGCACCAAAUUUAUGUAAAUAAUGUCGCUUGAGAUCGUCGUCACUCUUCUUCUCUCAAACUGAAAGCAUGAAGAGUCGAGGGAAUUUCUGACUCUCAGUUCAAGCUUAAGUGACUGAUGGAUUUUUUUUUUUUUUUUUUAACCCCUCAUAUCAGCAGGAAGUCAGAUGGGAACCGAGAGUUAAAAUCUGAUUAGCAAUGAAGGCACAUGAUCGAUCUGUGCUCAUGUGUUGGUUCCUUCAUAUAAAGGACUUUCCUCCACAUCAGUUCAGUUUCUGUUUCUCUUUCUCUUCCCGGAUGUUAACUCAGACUCGCAGCGUGAACCCCGCCCUCCGUCGGCCUUUCAGCCUAUUGCACACGAGGGCUGCCAGUUUUCUACUAGGCGUUGUCGUUUGCCAGUAAUAGAAACUCACCGUGGAGUUUUGUCCAGAGGUGAAACAUGGAACAGAAAGGGGAGUUUUUAUGCAAUUCUGUGCAUCUUGCAGUUUUUUUUUGUUUAGUUUUUUUUUUCCUGUUAGUUUCAGUCAACAAAGAAAGGCUCACCUGUGUUUUAGUUAUGAUCUCUAUUCUGGUAAAUGUAGGGAAGCCAGACUAUUAAAAUGAAAAGUGUUUGUUUCACGGUGUAAAAGCUGGUGGUGCUGUGAGUCUUUUCUUGUUUGCGAAUUCAGACGAAAGAAAACGGACAAUCCAUUUUUUUUUUUUAAAGUGAUAACGAGAAAAAAAAAUCCAACAUUAAGCAAGAUUGUGUGCUAUAUUUUAGUGAUUUAAAAAAAAGCCAUCCUGUCUGCCACGGUACAGUAACAAGAUGCAGUGUUAUUUCACAGUAUAUGCCUGAAUUGAUAUGUAUUUCUGUGAAGCUUCUGGUGAAUAUUAUUGUUGUUUUAUUUCCUACUCUUCUAUUUUAUGUUCUCUUUGUAUUCCUAUGUUUUUUCUUUUUUUU